AUACUUUUCAAGUCUUGUUAGGUAGCAGCUAGUUAUCGAUAGUUAAGUUUGGUUCAACAGAAUAACGUUAACAGCUCUUUCUUCAGACUGUGUUAGCUUGAACCAUUAAUAUUAACAGUUUAUUGAGAUGGAAAGAGAGCGAGGUUUUAACUUCAGACUGCUGGUACCACCAAGAAGCAAUGCAGGACAGGUCUCCGCGGUCAGGCCUCAAGAUAUAUUUGAUGACAAUGGCAGUUGCGGUUUUGAGAAGGUAAAGUUAGUAAUCAGUGUACAUUCCAUUUGUGUUAUGUCCUUUCAGACCCCAGUAAGAGCCGGUCAGUUGUAUUCCAAACUUUUUGAAGAAGCUGAAAAAAUAAAAUGCUGGAAGUCCAAACUGGACUCAGAGACCUCACAGAAAGACAGGAAAUUGCAGGAAAACAAAAGAACAAUUGAAACACAGCGCAAAGCCAUUCAGGAUUUACAGUUUGAAAAUGAACGUCUCAGCAUGAAACUAGAGGAUCAAAUCAAUGACAACACAGACCUGAGGAAUAAAAACAACGGCACCAGAAAUUUGUGCAAUAUACUUAAAGACACGUUUGAACGAUCUGCUGAGAAAAUGAAUUUAUUUGAAGGUGAACGAGAGGAAACACAUCAUCUCUUAAUGCAAAACAGUGAGGUUAUUCAGGAAAAAGCAACAGCCACUGCACGCACUCUACACCUCACUAAACAGGAGCAUGAGAAGGUGAUUGCUGAGAAGGUGGUUAAGCUGGAGGAGUUGAUCGCAAUCCGGGAACAGCAGGCAGAUCAGCUUUCUGAGCUCCAACAGACAACUCAAGCUUUGCAAGACUUGUUAGCAACCCAGAAGCAGAGGACAGAGGAACUGGAGCACAAACUUAGCUCAGUUUCAGAGGAACUUAACCAGAAAAAUACAGAAUUAGGCGAAAUCACUGAAGAGAAAGAUAAGGCAGACAGACAAAUACAGAUCCUCAAAAUUGAAUUGGAUGAAAAGUCUAAGUCCGUCACAACUUUAGAGGAGCAAAUAGAAGCAACUGAGGCCAAAAUAUCAGAACUCACCAUGGAGAUUGAGAAGAAAAAUGGUGAAAUCCUCCAAUUACAGAGCAAAGUGACUAUCACGUCUGAUGAACGUGAGGCCAUGAAGAAAACUCUUGAAGCAACCCUGAAUGAACAAAAUAAUUUGAAGGAAAUAACAGAAGCACUACAGGCUAAACUACACGAAUCUGAAGAGCAGUUAUCAGUUGCCCUAAGAAAGGAAAUGGAUUCAGAAAAGGAAAUAGAGAGACUGAAGAAAGACACUGAGCAACAUCAGAAGCAGUGUGACAUGCUGACGGAAAGCUUAAAUGAGCUCACAAUACAGAAGGACACAAUUCAGCAACAAGUGGAAGGGAGCACAUCUGAGACCAGGGCUCUUGAAAACCUCCUCAAGGAAAGUAAAGAAAAUGAAGAGAAGAGCAAGAAUGAAAUUGUGCGUCUAGAGGAGGAAAAUCAGAAGAUUGAAACGGAAUUGACAACACUCUGUGCCAAAAUUGAAGAGCAAUGUCAACAGACCAAAGAACUUCAGGAGAAGCUAGAUGAAUGUGGUCAAACUUCACAGAAUGAAGCAUCUAAGAAGGAGAAGCAGGCGAAAGCUUUGGAGCUGAAGCUGAGUACUAUGAAAACAAAAUUUGAGAACAAAGCCAAAGCACAUGAUGACAUCCAAAAAGAGAAUAAAGGUCUUCUGAAACAGAUCAGCAAAAGUGACGAAAAAAAGACUCAGCUAGAAACUGAGAUAAAUCAGUUGAGAGAGGAGGCCCAGAGGGUUCAGAGCUGCCAUGAGGAAGAGCUUGAGAGAGUCAGCAGUGACCUUAGUGCCAAAUCAGGCUCAGAGGCAGAGCUCCGAGAAGAGGUGAAAACAUUAAAACAAGCAGCUAACAACGCUCUGAAAAGCAAGGAAGAUUCAGAAGUUACAUGUCAACACAAGAUAUCAGACAUGGUUGCCCUAAUGGAUAAGCAUAAGAAUCAAUAUGACAAAAUGGUUAAGGAGAAGGAUUCUGCGCUUGAGGAGAGAAUGAAGAAGGCCAUGGAGAUGAGUGGCAGUAAAACAUCAUUAGAGCGGGAGCUGUCCCAGUUGCAAAUUGAGAAUGGACACAUGAAACAGCAGCUUGGCGAUAAGAAAAAAGAAACUGAACGCCUUUCUCAAGAGGUGGAGGAACUCAAGAAAUCCCUGAAAUCCCAGGAAAAAGACCAUACACAAAUAGAGGAAAACUUGAAGAAAGACAUUUCAGAUUUGAAAAAACAAAUUAAAUCUCUGAAGAAAGACAAGCCUCAAGUGAUACCUAAAACUAAUGAACAAGAGUUGACCAGAAAAGUCCAAAGAGAUUUGGCCACUCCAAAAGUGUCAACUGCCAAGAGGUCAGCGUUUGUAAUGAAAGACGUGGAUGAUGACCCUUUCUUUGCAACACCAUCCAGACGUGCAGCCAUAGAUGUUUUUGAUACCCCACAAACAAAUGUAAAAGAUGUCCUCCAAACCCCAUCCAGGACUUCAGGUAGUAAAAUUAGAGCCACACCUCGAAUUAAGUCUUUUAGAAUCCGAACCCCACCCUCGAGUGAAAAGUCUGUGCCAUGGCGAAAAGCCACUUUGGAGCUAGACCCGAAAUCAGAUAGCUCAGAAGCUGACUUAUUGGGGUUUGCUGCUGAGCCUAAAGAUGCCACGCCAAGACAUUUUUCAGCACCACUGAGGAAAACUGUGACUCUGGACAAAAAGACUCCAAGUCCAGCUGUGCAGAAAUCACCAGGAGAGGCGCUGAAGCUGGCUGCCAUGAAGAGAAUGAGAGAUGCUGGGUGGACAGCCGUUGCCAGUUUGGACAGAAAGAAAAAGAAAGAGAACAUCUUUGCCUAGAACAUGUUCAGGGUCAAACCUUAAAGUGGUAUACCUCCAACCUUGAAGGAUAAAUCCACUGACACACAAGUUUAAAAAAUGACA